CACAUGUCCAGAUCCAACACCACCUUACACCGACAAAGUAGAAAGCAGCAUUUCACGAACAAACCUGCUCCCCGUAUAAACCACCUAGGUUGCAACACACCCUAAAUACACGGCUGCCUCCCGCCGACAACUAGUUCAUCCUCAGCGCAACGAGAGGGUCGACUUUCCCUCUCACCCAGCCUCGAUUUUAUUUUGAAGAUUUGACAUAGCCCUCCGCCUAGAAAUGCAGCGACCAACAACCUACGGACGCUCUCCCCCAUUACACCACCCGGUGCCGCAGCACGUCUCUACCGUCCCCCAGCUCAGAUCGCCGCCGCCGCCGACAGCGCAACCGCAAGUCGGCUACGAUGGCAGCCCUUACCAGCAACAACACCAGCCGCGCGCGCCGUCGAGCGGCAGCAACAUGUUUGGCCAGUACGGCAACUUCAUCAACGACCCGGCGGCGCAGCUGGCGUCGCAGUUUGGCCAGACGGCCUUUAAGCAAGGGCAGGAAUACAUUGAGCAAAACGUAAACCGCUUCGUCAACGUCUCGGCAUUGAAGCACUACUUCAACGUGACCAAUUCGUACGUAAUAAACAAGCUCUUCCUGGUUUUGUUCCCCUGGCGGCACAAACCAUGGACGCGGCGGCAGGCGACGGGCGGACCGGGGGGUCAGGAGGCGUGGUACCUGCCCCCGCGCGACGACAUCAACAGCCCGGACAUGUACAUCCCCGUCAUGUCGCUGGUGACGUACAUCUUUUUGCAGGCGCUCAUCUCGGGUCUGCGGGGUCAGUUCCAGCCGGAGCUGUUCGGGUACAUUGCGACGACGGCGCUCGUGGUGGUCAUUGUCGAGAUCCUCGGCCUUCAGCUCGGCUGUUACCUGUUGAGCAUCUCCAACGAGUCGCAGCUGCUUGACCUGGUCGCGUACUCGGGGUACAAGUUUGUGGGUGUCAUCGUGACCAUCAGCAUCGCCCAGAUUGUCAAUGGUGGCAAGGGAACGAGCGGCUGGGUUGGUUGGACUCUGUUUAUCUACACUUUUUUGGCAAACUCGCUCUUCUUGAUGCGGUCCCUCAAGUAUGUUCUCCUGCCGGAGAAUAACGGUGACAGCAGGGGCCCGAUGCAGACGAUGCAUCCUCUCGACUCGCGGGCAAAGAGAAACCAACGGACGCAGUUCCUGUUUUUCUAUUCAUACAUUGUGCAGCUGUUCUUCAUGUGGAUCCUCAGCCGAUCGUAGGGAAGGGCUUGAGCUGUGUGUCGACGGCUGGCAUGGUAUGAUCUUCAAUCCCGGUUUGGUCGUGGGCUGGGAGGUGUGCAAACAAAACAGAGGAGCGAGCAUUGGUCUUAGCCAAGGAAUUUUAAAUAGGUGUAUAAUGCUUCGAUACUCAGAGGAGUGCUUGAUUCGAUUGGAGUGAGGCACAGUGGCAAGCGUGUGUAUUAGAUGAGAUGUGGAUAAGAAUAAGAUCCUGGCUCCAUUGUUGGCUGGUCUAUAGAGAGAUCUACCAGAAUCUCAUUGCUGCUCUUUUGACCACGACUUGGAAAUGGCCACGCUGGUUUCUUUGUUAAUAUAUGUAUAAAUAUCAGCAUGAGUAUACAUUGCGAGGAGAUAAUUUCAG